CAGAAAUCAUCGUUUGUUCUUUCUUGCUUGCUCUGAGUUCAGCAUCAGAUACUAAACAAAGUCCAGCAUUGCAUGAGAAUACGUAAUAAUUAUCGAGAUGAGCCAAUACCAGCUUCAUCGGUAAAAUUGAUUCAAUGGUUCGGCCUCGACAAUUUUGAGCCUGAACGUGCAGUAACUUCGCAUUUCAUAUCCUCCAGAACACUUUUCUAUAUUCGUCUGCCACUUACUCUAUACACGUUAAUCGUUAUGUGGGCUGAUAUUGUUUAUACGGCGCAGACAGGCGGUAUUAGGCAUUUUCUUGCUUAUUUUACUGAUCUCACAUUUAUAGGGUUGCAUUCAUAUCAAAUGGCAACCCUCUAUCAUCAUGCACGCUACAUAUGGUCAGCAAAAAAUCAACCUUCCUUACCAAAGACUCCCACUACAUUUAUAAAUCAACACUCAAGCCUUAAUUAUCUGUACUAUUAUCUUUAUCACACAGUUGUUGUAUUUAAUCUCCUGACACCUUUUGUAUUCUGGACCUUAUUGGCUAAAGAGAAACUAAUUGAUGCUCAUUUGUCCGAAAUCGACUUUUGGACAAGCAUAUCACUUCAUGCUGUCACCUUAUUUAUCAUCAUUCUCGAAGUACUUUUCAACAGGAUGUCUUUGUCUAUUCGAGCCGUACUAUUAGUUUACGGGACCGUGUUGAUAUACAUGUGCCUUACCUUUAUUAUUUAUGCCACAGAAAAAUGGUGGGUUUAUUCGUUUUUGGAUUGGAAUGUAGGACCAACCGCUAUUAUAUGGUACUUGGCCAUCUCCAUUCUUGUCAUCCUAUUUUUCUUCACUCAGUUGGGUAUGCAUAAGCUAAGGGAUUGGGCUGCAAAAAAAAUUGUCACUGUCACUAAUGCGAAGAAAAGAUCAAGUCAACAUCCUCAACGUCGCAGUUUGCGUCCAUCGUGUCAGAUUUCUCCGUCUAUUUCUAAUGGUGAAAAAACAUUACAUACACCUGACGAUGAGAUUGAAAAUGAAAACAAAAUGAAUGAUACAACCUAUAAUUACAGCGAACGUAAGAAGCAGAAUAAGAUUGACCAGGAAUAUUCCGUAGCUUUAUCAGACAACGACAGUCAAACAAUGAUUCAGCAAUCCUCCAACUUUGAGCCAUUGGCAAGUACGAUCUGUGGCAAAUCUACUUUUGGCGAUACAUGUACCGAGAAUCUGUCAACCAAUGCUUCAUCCAUUUACUACUAUAGUUAGUCGUUUUGCUAAUAAAUAAAUGAUUCUUAUUGGGCCUCAGUGUUUGUUUAUAUGGAGGGAUUUUGUGGUUUUUUGUUUUUCUGCUUUUUCUUUCAAAUCCCGCUGUGUGGCAAAUACAGUUUUUUUUCUGGCUCAGAUUAGACAAA